AUGUCCCAUCUCGUCCAGUCCCUCGAACACGCCGUCGAAGCCGGCGUCAUGGGCAUCAUCGGGAUCGCCGAGGGAUACAGGUCCGUGACGUCGCGCACGUGUCCACAGUCCCAGUCCCAGUCCCAGUCCCAGUCUGGUAUAGCGGCAGACGGCAAGCCGGCUCCGCAGCCCGAACCCAUCGCCAUCGGCAGCAUGUUGCCGCCACCAGUGCCUUCGCCAGGCUCCAAUGUAUCGCACAACAGCUCCUCGCUCGCGCGUCCACCCCUGCCCUUGGCGUCGCGCUUGGCACUCGCUCAGGACACGCUCGUCCAGGUCACAGACAUCUCCAGCGGCUGGAUCCACCUCCAGUCGACGUACCUCGACGCGGCUGGCGGCCAGCGCAAGGUACGCUCGUUUGGCGUUCGCAACGUCUCCCAGGGCGUCGUGGAUGUCGAGGUGGGGUCUGACCUUGAUAACCAGGUCGUGUUCUGGGUCGCCGACGAGGAGGCAGACUCUGACACGUCGUCGGCGUCCUCGUCGGCCGAGAGUGCAGCGCAGGCCACGACUCUCAGCCUCAAUGUCGGCGAGAUGCGCACUGUCUUUCUCGCCUUCCAGCCGACCAUGUCGCAGCCCUCGACGCCCACAGGCAUGUCCACACCUUCCUCUGAGGGAGGUUUCACCCCUCGCGUUGCGCCUCUCGCGACGAGCUCUGACUUGGCCUCUCCGACGGGCGGCAAGCUACCACCCGCUGCGUCUGGCUCGAGCCUGGCAAGGUCCGACGUCACAUCUGUAUCGACGUCGAUGCUGUCGUCGUCCAUUCUCUCCGUUGGAAGCAGCAGCGCUCAGCGUAAGCAGGAGGCUGUUCACCGCUCGUUUUCGGUCCACGGAUCGAUCGUCGUGCACGCGACCACGGCCGACGGUGACAUCAUGAACGCCCCCGCUCAUCAGAACAUCACCGUGCCAUUCUUUGCAACCGUGUGCCGCUCAUUCUUCUCUUUGGGUGUCAUCGACCCCGCUACCGGCCUCGCUUCCGGGCCCCAAAUAACGAACGGUCAGCUGGCCAUCGACUUUGGCACGGACAACGUCGUUGGCCAAGACUACUACCGCGACUUGCUUCUCGUGAAUCGUUCAGAGAUCGACCUCGUGUGGACAAUCUCGGUUACCAAUGCGCCGUUCAAGGACUCUGUGUGGUUCCUGCUUCGCGACCUUGAUUCUGAAAACGUGUUUGGCGUUGACAAUUCAAGCGAGCCUGUGCCGCUACCAUCCCUCUCUUCACGGCAUCUUCGGCUCACGCUUCGCGCUGAGGCGCCCAUUGCCAACUUUGAGUUCGAUUUCCGCCUAUCCAACAACCACCAGAGUGGCAACGCGGUCGUGUGCCAGGCGGUCGGGUCAUGUCACACUGAGGCUUCUGACGAUGCGCUCCGUAUAUUGUCCGGGUCCGCGCUGGACUUUGGCGAGAUCCCCGACGGCACGUGGGCCAAGAAGCUCAUCUCGUGCAAGAAUAUCGGUGACAGGCCAAUCGACGUUCACUUUUCCGCGACUGAGGGGCAUGAGGUCGUGUUCCGACUCGCGAGCGUCGCGGGCGAGGACAUUGACGAGGACGUGCCUGCGCGUCCGGCGCGCGACAGGCGCAUGGAAACGCUGUCCCGCACAUCGACGAGGGAUACGCGCGACGGUCGUCCACGCGAGCCGUCUUCAUCACGGUACCUCGAAAGCGAGGAGUUGUUCCAGAUGAAUGGACCGACCGGCGACCGCGACAGCCCGGUUCCAUCAAGUAGACCAUUAUCGCGUGUCACGUCCAUCGCCUCGAGCCACCCACCGUUGCGUGAGGAUGUGGACUCGGACGACGACGACUCGCUUGCUGCAGCUGCCGAUCUCCGCCCAUCUGACAACCUCGGUGACCGCGAUAUUCCCAAUCAGAUUGAGGAGCUCACGAUGCGCCCGGGGACCGAGUACCGCGUGUUUGCAAUGUACCGCCCUGCACGCGACCGGCACAAUCCUCCAGAAAUUGCAGGCGCGCUCCGGCCGUCAGCGUUCAAGGUGUUUCUCGACUCCAUCCCGUCCGCACAGCGCUCUCGACCGAUCCCGCGCUCGCGCAAGGUCGUCCACUGCACGGCCGAGUCGUGCACGUCAAUAAUCAGCAUCCCGACUGGCCACGUGAUCGACUUUGGAGAGGUAACUGUCGGCGCCUCCAAGUCGACGACCAUUUCGAUCCAGAACCUCAGUGCGCUAUCCGCGCGCGUCGAGAUUGCUGCCAUCUCCAAGGUGCUGAAUACGAACCGCAACGUCAUCAUCAUCCCCCCCUACGAGACUGUGCAGGAGCGCAUCGACUUCUUCCCGCGCCGCAUCAACGACAACUACGAGAAGCAGGUGUUCGUGCGCAACCACCUUAACCGCGCGAACAACCAGCUCAUCGAGGUGCACUCGAAAAACGUCGAUGUGUACAACGUCACACUGCACUCUCACCUGUACCGCAUCCUCACGCCUGGCGGAAGCAAUUUCCUCGACUUUGGGUCUGUCAUCAUCAACUCGCCUUCGGUCCGAACGGUCCAGUUCCAGAACUUGACUCUCAAGCCUCUCACGCUGGACCUUUCGGCGUCGCAUUCCGAAGAUCUCGAGCUGUUCAUCAAGGACACGGACGCGCCCAAGGUGCCGCAUUGCCCAACUGUUGUUGCCAAGUACGCCCUCCCAACCGAGGAGCGCCCAUCGAACGGCAACUUGAAGGAGCGCUUCGUCGAUUCACUACAGGACCAGAAUACCGGGGAGAACAAGGAGAAGACCAAGGCCACCACGCGGCACAAGUCUGUCAAGAAGACGCCCAAGGACGAGGAUAAGCGCGAUGUCGGCACGGUCCUCUUCGCGGCACUUAAGAAAGGCAACCGCGGCAAGCCCGUGCAACUGUACGGUGACGCUGUCGUUUUCAAGGACCGCAGCCUUCUCGAUGACCUUGAGCAUUUAGACCUCGCUGCCGGGCCUCCUAUCUCGACGAACCGGAUUCAGGCCAGCUCGAAGCGCAUCCAAGCGCUCGAGACUGUCGCGUUCGAGGACAAGUCCAAGCUCUCGGGCCAGUAUCCCAAGGCGCUCAAGCUCGACUUCGCUGCGUCGGCCAAGUCAAGCGGCCUUGUCAGCAAAGAGAACCGUGAAGGUCGGUUACGGAAGCCGAAGUCGUCUGCUGGCACCGUUCGGCGUGACCCGUCCACGCGCCGCGAACCGUCGACCCCAACCAGGCAGACUUCCAGGGCCAACGGUGGGACACCCGGUAGCCCGUCGUCUUCACAGUCCAGGACACCUUUAGUCAAGCAGCCCAUCGCCUGCAAGUCCCCUGCCCUCACUGGCAAGCGACUCGAGCUCAAGUCUGACCCUGUCUGGCAGUCCGACGCCACCAAGCUCACGCCCGACGAGCUUCUAACUGCCAUCGAGCACAUGGAUGCCAAGCGCUCAUCGACAGCCAUUACCCAUCUCAACCCAGAGGAGGAGGAAUUGUACGUCCGUCGCUGGCUCGAUUUGCGUAAAGAGCUCCGCAACGCUGUCACGGCGGGCAAGUUUGUACCUGCUCGGGUGAUCACCGUUCCACCAGGACUGUCGCGCCAGCUGGUUGUUGUCAUGACUCCCAAUGGCUCGACACGCCCACACGUGACCACCCGUGCCAAGCGCUCCGAGCAACGCAUCUUCAUCAAACUGCUGGAGUACGACCACGUCCUCCUCAACGGCGUCUUGGGCGCGCAGGCCGACAUGUCCGAACUCCCAGUGCGCGACCUCGUGAUCCGCUCGUCAUGUGUGCGGUCUGUUCUUGAAGUGCAGCAGUCCAGCAUCAACUUUGGGACGUGCGAGCGCGGCGAGACCAAGUCUCGCAUGAUCGUCAUCCACAACCGCAGCGACUGCGUCGGUGUGUAUCGGUUGCGGACGUCAGGAUCCAUUGCGUCUGGUAACCUGAAACUGGGACUCGGCAGGUACGGAAUUGUGCCGGCAUUUGGGCGGAAGGAAGUGGCGUCAUUCUCGUUCACCCCUUCAUUGGUGGGCAACUACAACGAGACGAUUGCGGUUGAAAACGUCCUCGACAACUACAACAACCAGAACGUGUCUGUUAAGGCGACUGUCCGAAAGAUGCCUACUUUCUCUCUCGAUGCCACCAAGCUAGACUUUUCGCCAAGUCAGGCUGGUUCGUGGCCCGCGUCCGCCGGUUUCGUCAUCACCAACACGUCCAAGACGGAGCGCACCUUUGUUGUCGAGGUCUCUGCGCCGGCUACCGAGACGGCCUUCGCUGAAAUCUCGCUGCAGCGCGACGAGAAAGACGCGGGUGUCGCUCUAUCCAAGGGCGAGGAGGAGGAGGUCGAGGGCCUGUUGCAGAAGCUCAAGAUCGCUCGCCGGAAGAACAAGCCGGACAAGAUUGCCAAGUAUGAAAAGCGCCUGGGCGAGCUGGGCAUGACCACCGCCAAUGCUGAGGAUACGGCCGCGCCCGAUGUCGACGAGGUCGCGGACACGGGGUCCGGCGCCGUCACUCCUGCUCAGGGCGAGCUGGCGUCCACGCCCACCGUUCACAUCACCUUGGGCGCUAAUAAGAAGGCCAAGGUGCUCGUUGCGCUUGUGCCGCGCGCCGGCGACGCCGAGUUCAGCACAUCUAUCAAGGUGUUCGAGCGCAAGAACACGGACGAGACUGUGACCAUCAACGUGACGGGCACGCCCAACGUCACGCCGCCGGCGCCGUCACCCUCGCCACCCCAGUCGCCAGAGGACCCCCUCAACCUUGCGAUCAUGGAUCAUGCGCUGGAGCUUACGCUCAAGUGCCCCGUCUCGCCGACGGCGUUCUGCGUUGGUUCGACCCUCUUCCUCCCCGUCUCUUCGUCGCCGCUGUACCAGCAGCUGACGGAACACUUCCCAUCCUUCGCGCACCCCAUCACAGGCGAGAGCGCGGGCCUGAUCUUAGCGGACGGCUACUCGCGCCAGAUCCCUGGCAACACGCACGCCGAGGCCAACGCGCUCGCCAACUUCCGCGAGCGCAUGGCCGAGCUCGAGAACGCAACGGGCGAAGGGGUUCUUCCCUCGGCCGAUGAUAUUCUCACGCAAGCUUCGUGCUACGCGACCAUGGAACCGUGCAGCGUGCGCACGAGCGGGGGACCGAGCUGUGCUCUCGAGCUCGUCCGCGCCCAUGUCAAGGUCGUGUACCUCGGCGUCGAGGAACCGCCAGACUUUGUGCAGUGCGAGGGCGUGCGGAUUCUCGAGCAGGGUGACGUGGAGCAGCCCAACAGCCCUGCAACCGCCAACGCCCGAACCCCCGCACCAUCGUCUCCUACGAUCGAACUGGCCAUUACAACCUCAAGACAUCCAAAGACAACUCAUCUCGUUCUCAACACCCGGCAACUAGUACAUAUUGUACACCAACCCGGUCUGUCAUCACACGACACGACAUCUCUCUCCGUAACCUCUUCCCGCAACAUGACCUCGUCCUCGUCCCGCGGACGCGGCCGCGGCGGAAGGGGCGGCGGCGCCGUGGGCAAUGACACGUACCGUCGCGGACCCUCCUGGCGAGGCGGCGGCGCUGGCGCCGGCUCUGGUUCUGGCUACGGACGUGGCGGUGCCCCGGGCGGCGGCACGCCCUACGUUCCUGGUUCGGGCGUUGCUGGUGCUCGGCGCAUGAGCAACAGCGGUGCGGCCCCGAUGCGCAAGGACGACAAGGGCAAUGGCUUCCAGACCGACAUGGACAUUGCGGCGUCGUCACGCGGCUCCGACCGCGAGCUCAAGCCAUGGACACCCGACGACCACAGCCCGAACGGCGCGGCGUCCAACGGCCGCAGUGUGACGCGUGAAGCCGACCGCGACGUCCUAACGUUUGGCGAGAAGCCCAGCUCGAUUCCUUGGGACCAGUUCAAGGACAACGAGCGCCUGUUUGGAGUGACGACCGACUAUCACGAGGAGAUCUACACUACAAAGCUCGACCGCUCUCGUCCCGAUUACAAGAAGCGCGAGCGCGACGCGGAUAGAAUCGCCGCCGAGAUGUCGGCCAAGAAACCAUCGACCAACCCGCACAUUGCCGAGGAGCGCGGACAGCAGCUGCAGGACAACAAGGACGAGGAGGAGAAGUACUCUGGCGUGGUGCGCAAUCCCAACGCCUAUGUUCCCCCGGGUGCGCGCAAGGGGGUUACCACUGCUCUUCCUGCGCGCAAGGAUACCAAGGAGGAGCCUGUCAAGGAAGCCAAGAAGGCGGAUGUCAAGAAGGAGGAGCCUGUCAAAAUUAAGCAGCCCAUUCCUCUUCCCAUCCCAGUUGCGCCUCCUACGCAGUCGGUCACUCCUCCGCCACUUGGUCCCCACCGCUCGUCUGCCGAUCCAGCCGUCGACCCCGCCAUAGCUUCACUGGGCCCUGGCCCUGUCGCCACCACCAUGACGCGAAGCACCAGCUCGCUUCCGCGUGAGCAAGCCAAUGGCUUGGACUCGAAGGGUAUGCCGGUCCCCAUGCCCGCCGUUGGCGGUGUGGUGGAAUCGGCACGCCUGUGGGUGGAUUCGGAGAAGGUGCUUGCGGUGCAGCACAAGCAGACGAUGGCCAAGAACGAGCGUGCGAAUCAGUUGGCCGACUUCAAGAAGUGGCAGGCCAACUUCAAGGUCCCGCUGCCGAUGCCCAAGGAUAUCCUAUCCAUCCUCACCAAGGAUGAGGACAAGCAGAAGGCGAUCGAGGCCAAGGUCGAGCGCGAGCGGCUCGAGGUUCACAAGAAGCAUGAGGCCGCAAAGUCGCCCCUCGGCUCCCCGAGCAAGGCCAUGUCGCCCUCGCCAGAGGCUCCGCGCGCCAUCCACGCCCAGCCCAAGAAAAUUGCUAUGAAGAUUCCCGAGAUCCCCCCGUUCCGCCGCAAGGUCCCACCUGCUGUGCCUGUUCCCGAGACUGCGACGCAGAACAUUACCCUUGUCACGUCGCCGACUCCGUCCCACUCGUCCAUUACCUCUGGUGGCGGCAAGCUGAACCCCAAAGCAUCGACGUUUGUGUUCAAGCCCAACGCCAAUGCCGCCGUCUUCAAGCCUGCUGGUAGCACGGGCGUCGGUGGUGACGCGUCGGCUGUCACGAGCCCCGCGUUACAGCCGGCCAAGCUUCCUGUUGCUCCCUCCACCUCGAAGCAGGCGGCCGCGAACCCGUUCUUCCCGGCUGGGCCGCCCAAGCGGAUAGCCGUUAACAUGCGUGACGACUUCAACCCCUUCAAGCACGGGCAGGUCCCAACGGCGUCGAACGUGCCGCCGUCGUGGAACUACACGGGCCGCCGCGCGAGCGUCGCCUACAACCAGCCGGCGCCGCACCAGGGUAUGAUGGCGUCGCCGAACAUUGGCUACGACGGCGAGGACCAGCAAUCGCCGCACGUGCAGCACGCCCCACCACCCAUGGGCAUGCCUCCCAACAUCAUGCAGUUCUACGGCUACCGACCCGGCAUGCCUCCUCAGAUGCAGGGCAUGCCGGGAAUGAUGUACCCCGGACCAGGCUUCAUGCCGCAGCAGAUGGCGGGAGGCCACGGGCCAGGACAGGGACCGAACAUGCCGAUGUACUACGCCAACGGCGUGCCCCCCAACGCUCACUUCCUCCCACCACAGAUGUACUUCCAACACGGUCCAGGGCGGCCGGGCCCAGGGCCAAUGUACUAUGGCCAGCAGAUGCCGGGCGGCCCUCAGGCCCCGCAGAUGCAACAGCAGAUGUCGUUCCAGGGACACCCGACGCCACCCCAACCGCACUUCCAGCAGCCAUUGCCAGCUCAGGUGCCUCCUGGCACCGGCCCAUCACCAGGCUUUGAUGGGUCGUCGAGCCAAUGA